GGAGCGCGCGAGCGAGCAAGACGCGCACACCCGGCGAGCCAAGUUCCGCAGCCUGGCAUGGCUUCUGGGGACCUUUACGAGGUUGAAAGGAUUGUGGACAAGAGGAAGAACAAGAAGGGGAAAUGGGAAUAUCUUAUCCGAUGGAAAGGCUACGGCAGCACCGAGGACACGUGGGAGCCGGAACAUCACCUCCUGCACUGUGAGGAGUUUAUUGACGAGUUCAACGGACUUCACCUGUCCAAGGAUAAGAGGGUGAAGUCAGGGAAGCAGGCCGGAGCCUCCAAGCUCCUCCGUGACACCCGUAGCCUGCCAGUGGAAAGACUCUCCCAUCGGCCCCUGGAACCUGGGAAGAGCAAAUCAGCUUCCCACAAGCGGAAGCGUGUCAACUCUCCCCUGUCCAGGCCCAAGAAGGGCUCAUCGGGAAAGGCUCCAGACAGGGCCACCAAGACUGUGUCCUAUAGGACUACCCCCAGUGGCUUGCAAAUCAUGCCCCUGAAGAAGGCACAGAACGGCUUGGAGAACGGAGAUGCUGGCUCCGAGAAGGAUGAGUCACACUUUGGAAACGGGUCCCAUCAGCCGGAUUUGGAGUUGAAUGACCAGCUUGGAGAGCAGGAGACCAGUGAUUGUGAUGGGACCCACUCCGCACUGGUGGAGAACGGAGUUGGCUCUGCUCUGACCAAUGGAGGCCUGAACCUACACAGCCCUGUGAAGAGGAAGCUGGAGACGGAGAAGGACUACGUCUUUGACAAAAGGCUCAGGUACAGCGUCCGCCAGAACGAAAGCAACUGUCGGUUUCGUGACAUCGUGGUGAGAAAGGAAGAGGGCUUCACACACAUUCUCCUGUCCAGCCAGACUUCGGACAACAAUGCGCUGACUCCUGAGAUCAUGAAGGAAGUCCGGCGAGCACUGUGCAAUGCGGCCACAGACGACAGCAAGCUACUGCUGCUCAGUGCCGUGGGCAGUGUGUUCUGCAGUGGCCUAGACUAUUCCUACCUGAUCGGCCGGCUGUCCAGUGACCGGAGAAAGGAGAGCACGCGUAUCGCAGAAGCCAUCAGGGACUUCGUGAAAGCCUUUAUCCAGUUUAAGAAGCCCAUUGUGGUAGCCAUUAAUGGGCCAGCAUUGGGCCUGGGCGCCUCCAUUCUACCCCUCUGUGACAUCGUAUGGGCCAGCGAGAAGGCCUGGUUUCAGACACCAUAUGCUACUAUCCGACUCACCCCGGCUGGCUGUUCCUCCUACACCUUCCCCCAGAUCCUAGGUGUGGCGCUGGCCAAUGAAAUGCUGUUCUGUGGGCGGAAACUCACUGCCCAAGAAGCAUGCAGCCGGGGCCUUGUGUCGCAGGUCUUCUGGCCCACGACAUUCAGCCAAGAGGUCAUGCUGCGGGUGAAGGAGAUGGCGUCUUGCAGUGCUGUGGUUUUGGAGGAAUCCAAAUGCCUAGUCCGAAGCUUCCUGAAGUCUGUGCUGGAAGAUGUGAACGAGAAGGAGUGUCUCAUGCUGAAGCAGCUCUGGAGCUCCUCCAAAGGCCUGGACUCCCUGUUCAGCUACCUGCAGGACAAAAUCUAUGAAGUCUGAAGGGCCCCAGCUCACCUGCCCCACUGCUCAAGGGUCUCUGACUUGCAGCCGGGCCCUGUGUGUGUUUCUACCAUCGGAGCCCAGGGUCCACCCUAGCCAAGAGUUUGUCAGGGUGUGUCUUUACACCUACGGUUGUAUCCAUUUCUUGUGCCCUUCGGUUGUUCCUCAUUGGUUUGAUUUUGUGUAAAGGUGGGAAACGCAGCACCCUUGGCCUCCCUGUGCCCCUGUCCCAGCCAGCCAUAGAGCCUUCCAGGGAUCCAUCUGCCCAGUGCUCUGCCAGGCACUGUUUGUUGACCUUUUCCCCCCACUAGCUGAAAUGCUCCUACCGUGGUUCAGAAGGGGAAGACCAACCUCCCUCCUCCUCCCAACUCAGGCUGUGUCUACACAGUGCCUGCAACUUGGAGAUGAGGCCACCACAGUUCUCUGGUUAUGUGAUCUAAGACCAGGGGACAAUCAUCUUAGGGAAUUCACAGACCAAUGAGCGUGUGGUAAGCACUCGACUACAUAGGCCUGGCUUCAGUCUUCUCUCCAAUGCAACUCGGUGUGACUCUUAGGGCUUGGUCUUAAAACCCAACUGAGUGAUUUAUA